UGGAAGGCGGCAUUUGCUUGUAAUCUCUUGUGAGUAAAGUGUGGGUCACAUUGUCUCGUGGCGGCAGCACUAUAGACAAGCUGUAUUUAAUAUUUCACUCCAGCCCUACCGCAUUCACAAACGUAGUUUGGAAGCCAGAGAGAAGUGCGCGUCGCGCUGCUAUAAUGAUCGAUAUUACACCGUCUAGGGAGUUUAAACCAAAAACGUCAGCCAUUCACCAUUCCUCCGGCGUACGUGUGCCACUUCAUGAGUUGCAAAUGCUGACGCAAAGCGUCGCGACUCGAGACUAUGUUCACGCAUUUGGUACUAUCUCGGAUUCGUCGAGUGAACAACAGAAAAAAUCUCCGUUAGCACUACUCGCUGCAACGUGCAGCAGCAUAGGAAAGACGGAGGAAAAAAAAGAGACUAGGGAAGCCGUCACAAAUAACACUGUGUCGGUAAGACAUUCACCCAAGAUCACAAGCAACGAUCGAAAUGUCGUCAUUAAACACACAACUGCAGACGAAAAGUCGUCUUUCAAACCGUACAAGCACUUAGAGGGGAAAGACGUUAGUAACUCUGCUGUGGAAAAGGUCGGGUUUCGGGCACCCAAUAAGGAUUCGCCAACGAACGAUAAUUCAACUCAAAACAAGAGCCCACACUUUCGAAGUAAAAUAUUACCCCAUGUAGGAACAAGUUUUCAUGGAUUUCAGUAUCCAUACCUGAGUGACACUAGCGGACAUUGCUAUUAUCAAGGAUCAUCCUCAAACCGUUUUUGUGGUGGUGUGUAUUACGACUUACCGAAUUCCUCCAACACACAUCAUCAUCCGACUUGCUUCAAGAUUGACUGUACUGGUAAUUGUACUCCAACGAUGAUACCUACACCUACGUCGUUAGCCCCCACCACAUUAAGUACGCGGCCUAUGUUCCCGACACCGCCUGUGUCUGUUCAAUCUCCGAUCAAGUCACUUGGAAUGAGUUCAACAAGACCUAAUUCGCUCUAUUCCAGAUGUAAUUGUGGAUAUUGCAACCAAACAGGAGAUAUGAAAGCAGGAUUUCAUCAACCUGUCCCUCAUUAUCAUAGAGAGUAUUUAACUACCGUCUGUCAAGACCCAUUUUGUACAAACUGCAAGGUACCUAAAUCAUCUUCAACCGCUUCUUCCCAUGGUUGCAGGACACCAUGUUUUGGACAUCAUCACUAUGAUGGAUUGACUACAUCUUUACCCAUACCUGAAACACUACCUACAGUCCCGCCAAGCAUGUCACAUCUUUAUCCAUAUACUGGAUUUAUGCUAAGAGCACAAAACGAUCAAAAUGGGCCAUUUGUUUGUAACUGGGUACAGGAUUCGAAAAACUGCGGUAUAAAUUUCAAAACUUCAGAAGAGCUUCUUCAACACUUAAGAAUACAUACUAGUUCUGCUAAUUCAUCAUCAUCAACUUCCGCACAUACGCCAUGUAACAUUCCCGGUUGUCCUUGCGGUUUGAAAUCACCACUUGGCGGAGGCACAAGACUCCAUUCAACAGCAAGAUAUCAUCCAUAUCUUCUGCCUAAUCCAGCCUUUCAUUCCCCGCCAUAUCAUUCAGCCAUGUCACAUUAUGCAAGCACGCAUAGCCUGCCGUAUGCAUCGUCCAUCAAGCCUUAUUAAGAUUAUGGUUUAGAAGUGUAAAAAUACGCAAAUAAAAUCCUAAAAUAGCCUGUCCGAAUUAAUAUUGCACACUGAUAUCGGCUUAAAUUUACUCAUUAGGGAAAUAUUACUCAUAGUUUUGAGUGAUUUGUUAUCAAGCAGUUUUGCGGUUAUUUCUGGCUUACGACGCUUCUCGAUAUCUCUUUCUAUCUCUUUCUGCGUUGAGAAUAAUCCCGUUUUAGAAUUGUGGAAAAUUCGAUCCAAAACUAUAUUUUUAAAAGUUAGAUAAAAGAUAUCAAAGCUUUUUGUCAUUUGUCGUUGACAUUAAAAAAAAUCUUUCUGCUUUUUCCGUCUCAUAGCAGCAACAAAUGAUGCAGAUAAAAAUUGUUGAUAGGAUUGUAAAUUUUUUUGGCGAAUUUCUUAACUAAAUCUGGCAGCUAACAUUCAAUGUAUCUUUAUGUAGGAAUUUGUAUUAACAUAUGUAAAUUAUUUCUUCCAAGAUGUACCGAAAAGACAAAUAUUAAAAUGAUUUCUAAUUUAAA